AUGAAGAAGGAGGUGUGCUCCGCGGCCUUUCUCAAGGCGGUGUUCGCAGAGUUCCUGGCCACCCUCAUCCUCGUCUUCUUCGGCCUCGGCUCGGCCCUCAAGUGGCCGUCGGCGCUGCCCACCGUCCUGCAGAUCUCGCUGGCCUUUGGCCUGGCCAUAGGCACCAUGGCCCAGGCCCUGGGGCCCGUGAGCGGUGGCCACAUGAACCCUGCCAUCACGCUGGCCCUCCUGCUGGGCAACCAGAUCUCCCUGUUCCGGGCAGCUUUCUACAUGGUGGCCCAGCUGGUGGGCGCCAUUGCCGGGGCUGGCAUCCUCUAUGGGGUGGCACCGAGCGAUGCCCGAGGCAAUCUGGCCGUCAACGCGCUCAACAACAACACAACUCCAGGCCAGGCCGUUGCGGUGGAAAUGAUUCUGACCUUCCAGCUGGCUCUCUGUAUCUUCUCCUCCACCGACUCCCGCCGCACCAGCCCUGUGGGCUCCCCAGCCCUGUCUAUUGGCUUGUCCGUCACACUGGGCCACCUAGUGGGGAUCUACUUCACCGGCUGCUCCAUGAACCCGGCCCGCUCUCUUGGCCCCGCAGUGAUCAUGAAGCAGUUCAGCCCCUCGCACUGGGUGUUCUGGGUGGGGCCCAUCGUGGGGGCUGCCUUGGCUGCUAUCCUCUACUUCUACCUGUUCUCCUCCAACUCCCUGAGCCUGAGUGAGCGUGUGGCCAUCAUCAAGGGCACGUAUGAGCCCGAGGAGGAUGGGGAGGAGCAGCGAGAGGAGCGGAAGGAGACCAUGGAGCUGACUGCCCAGUGACCAGCAUCAUGCAGGGGCCAGCCUCUCAGCCCCUGAACCGCAGGGGGAGAGAAGAGAAAUUUAGGACAGCAGAGCUUCCUUCCCCCGCAGCUGGG